AUGUACAAUGAGUCAUUCAGGAUGAACGACUACUUGCUUAUUGUAGCAGCGACUACUCUACUAGUAGUACUAAUAUGGAAAAGGGGUGGGAUCAUGUCACACGUGGUAGGUGUUAGGUUGCAUUUAUCUGCUAGGGGGGGAAUGUGCACGUGCAAUAAGAAUUCUAGAAGGUCAGUAGAAGAGAGAACCCCGGACCCGCUGUGUAGAGCCGUUCCUGACUUCGUGUUGACACCGAGGGAGUCGAUGUGGAGGACGCUAUUCCGUGUACGGAGAUGGUCGGAUGAAGAAUGCACUGAUCACUUUGGCCACGUUACUGUCUACAAUUACUACAUUACUAAGACAAGUGAAAAAUCUACUGGAUCACCAAGUAAGGUAUCACCAAACGCCGAUGUCGUAGUUCCCAACCAUAUCCUUCCCGAUGAGUCAAGCCAUUCAAACAUUGCGUGCGUGGACGCAUUCAUGCCGAUAAUAGCUAGCUAG